UUUAUACUACUUCCCGAUGUCUUUGCGAUACCUCACCUCGAAACUUGCCCAGCAAAUCGACGAGGAGCUCAUGGGCUCCGUCGGCCACUUCAGCAUUGAUCAGCUGAUGGAGCUCGCUGGGUUGGCUUGCGCGCAGACUCUUGCGACGGUGUACAACAAGGAGAGGUACCCGCGCGUGCUCGUGUGCUGUGGUCCAGGAAACCAAGGAGGGGAUGGGUUGGUUGCUGCGCGACAUCUCGGCCUAUUCGGGUACAAGCCAACGAUCUGGAUGCCGAAGCCGGGAUCGAAGGAUAUCUACCAGCGCCUCAAAGUCCAAUGUGACAACAUGCGCAUCCCUGCUCUCGAGCCCUCACAGGACGUGCAGUCGCUCAAAGAAGCACUCUCGUCCUCGGACGUCAUUCUCGACGCGAUCUUCGGCUUCUCUUUCAAACCGCCCGCACGCCCGCCGUUCGACGCAGCGCUGCCCCUCCUGACGCAGUCUGGGCUGCCGAUUGUGUCGGUGGACGUGCCGAGCGGGUGGAACGUUGACGAGGGCAAGAUCGACGAGCACGCGCUGGAGCCGGACGUACUCGUGAGCUUGACAGCGCCGAAGGAGGGGGUGAGGAACUACAAGGGGAGGCACUUCCUUGGAGGGCGUUUCGUGCCAAAGAUCCUGGAGGAGAAAUACCAGCUCAACCUGCCUGAGUACCCUGGCAUCUCGCAGAUCGUCGAGCUGCCUAGAGCGGAAAAGUUGUGAAUCUCAACGUAAAUGCAAGACGUGUAACGAUCAGAAUAAAGUGUGAACCACUUUAUAGUGUCGAAUUGAUGUACUUGAGUGGGAACGCUUUGGAUUUCUGUACAUCUAAAUCUACCGUGGUCCCUAAAAUACAAGUAUCCUAGGGCAUGUCUAGUAGAUUUCGAUUACCACCUUUACAGUG